GGGUGGGUAACUCUGUAAAUUUUGGUGUGCUGACUCAGUAACUCCAACUCACUUUAAUGAGUCAGCACAGUGAGCUGGCACAAGUGUGCUAUCGCACAAUUGGUAUGUACAUCGAAAUUAUUGAUGAUGUUAGUAAUCGAAAUCGAUGUAGAAAAGGUUAUCCUUAGCUUCUCUUCGUAGCUGGCCGGCAAAAUUUUUGAAAGCUGAUUUCAACUGUAACUAUAGAUAAAUCUCACGAGCUUGCCAAGUACGUCUCCCACCCUGCACCAAAGGAAAAGUAGCAACCUGGUAUUCUAAAAACAAAAUGUCCCGCAAGAAAAGUGAAAUUUGGCUACAUUUUUCAGAGGAGAAGGAAAGCAGCGUACAAUGUCGCUACUGUGACAAAAAACUUGCAGUGGGAAACAAGUCGACGUUUAACCUUAUACGGCACAUGAAUGCAAAACAUCCAACGCAAGUUAUACACAGGCAGGAGGCGCCAGGAGAACCAACUCCGAACAAUACCUCAGGUAGUGAAGUACGCAAUGUACAAGGAACGCAAACAUCGUCAGUCUCAGCUGUUGCUCCACCAUGUCCAUCAGUUUUACAAUUUUUAAAUAAGCCUCUUACAAUAAAAAAGCAAGCUGAAAUCGAUGCCCAAGUUGUUGCCAUGAUAGUAAGGGAAUACCAUCCGUUUAGUGUAGUGGAAGAUGCCGAAUUUAAAAAGCUAGUGAAUUUAUUAAAUCCUAGCUAUAAGCCCCCAACAAGGAAAACAAUAUCUUCCUCUCUUAUUCCUGCAAUCUAUAGGGAAACAGUGGAAAAAGUUAAGCAGCGUUUAACUAGAGCAUAUGCCGUCUGUCUAACAAUGGAUGGAUGGACUUCCCGGGCACAGGACGGCUUCAUAAGUGUAACAGCACAUUACAUUGCUGAAGAAAACAAUCGGUUGUGCCUGGCGUCGGAUUUGCUCACCUGCACGUACUAUUCAGAGCGGCAUACGGGUGAUAAUAUUACUAAUAAACUUAGAGAGAUAUUGGAAGAAUGGGAUUUAAGUAUUAAAGUGACAGCGAUAGUAACGGAUAACGCAGCCAACAUGAAGGCAGCGGUUCGUGGAGGAGGGUGGCGUCAUUGGGGUUGUUUUGCCCAUACCUUAAACUUAGUCGCACAAUCAGGUUUGAAAGAGAUUCAGAUUAGCUUAGAUAAGGUCAAAGCAAUAGUGAGACUUUUUAGAAAAAGUUCAUAUGCAAAGUCGCAAUUGAAUGUCACCACUUCGCGAAUGCAGCUACCUAUUUCAAAGUUGAUCAACGACGUUCCCACACGCUGGAAUUCGACGUAUGAAAUGCUGAAACGAAUUAUGCUCAUAAAAGAAGCCGUAAUUGCGACAGUAGCGGUAGUAAAAUCUUCAGCGUUGGUAAGAGAUGAGGGACUUUGCAAUAUUGACCUUUUAAGCAAUGAGGAAUGGUUAGUGGUAGAGGAAACCAUAAAAAUAAUGGAAAUAUUUGAUAUUAUUACCAAAGCAAUAAGCGGAGAGAAAUAUGUUAGUGUUUCUACAAUAAUUUUAUAUGUUAAGCAGUUAGAAAAACAUUUAAAUUCUUUCAAGUUUGACCAGUUGACGCCUCCUGGACAAAAAUUAGUGAAAAAGCUACUCAGGGAAUUAAAUGAGCGUUUCAAAGAAUUGGAGAAAAAUGAGCUUAUAGCGCAGGCGACUAUUUUGGACCCUCGGUUUAAGAAAUUUGGGUUUAUCAGCGAAGUUUUCUACAAAGCAGCGGUUGAAAAGCUUUAUUUUAAGGUUUCGAAUAUUCAUCUCCAAAGUGAUUCCAAUACAAACAACAAUGAAGAGCAAGUUCAGCAGAGUCCUUUGGAAAACGCAAGCGUAGAUUUACUUUGGAAAGACUUCGAUGCCGAGGUUCGCAUGCAUACCUGUCCAAGAAAUCAGUUCACUUCCGCGGUUUUGGAAGUUGACAAAUAUUUAGGCGAACCUAUUUUACCCAGAAAAACCCUCCAAGGUAAAAAUAAUGAUCCAUUAUUCUGGUGGUGCCAAAGAAAGCAUAUAUAUCCGAGGUUGUUUCAAAUAGUAAAAACCCGUCUAUGUAUUUCGGCCACUUCAGUUCCUUGUGAACGUAUCUUUUCCCACGCAGGGCAAAUCGUUAGCGAAAGGAGGGAAAGGCUAGAUACUAGCAAAAUUUCACAAGUGGUUUUUCUGAACUAUAAUUUAGGGCACGAUGACUCUUAG